AGAAUUCUCUCUCUAGGAUUCAUUUAUCCAGGUGUAUCUACAAAGCGCUGCCCUGUCCUUCGAAUUAUAAAAGUUACGCGGUCUCCCUCGUUUCGUCCUUUUUCUCACCUCCUUCUAUCUCUUCCUUCUCUUUUGUUUUUCUCUCUCUACAUUCUCUCCUUCCAUGGCGAUCUGACAGGAAGGACGAGAUUUAGAGAGAGAAACUUAAUAUCUACUGAAAUAUAGGGCAUGUUUUGUCUCAUUGUUGCCCUAACACAUUGACAGAAGACACAGAGAACGUUAAAUCAUAUACAAACAAUGUCGUCGUCAUUCGACUCUCUAGACGUGUUUCUUAUCUCUGCUAGCAAAGCUUGUUGUAGCUCUCCCGCCAGGUUUAUUCAGUAUCAGGGAUAUUUCAUAUGCUUAACUCUUGCACUUGGGUGGGCUUUUGCUGCUUAUGUCAGAAAUAGAGAGAUUAGACAGAUGAAGGAUAGUAUGAAUGGUGGCAAUAGCUUUGCGUUUCUUAGUCAUGAUAUCAAUGACCUUGAGCACUCUAAUCAGGUCAACCUGCCAAGAGUGACAGUUGUAAUGCCUUUGAAAGGGUUUGGAGAGCACAAUCUACACAAUUGGAGAAGUCAGAUCACAUCUCUGUAUGGUGGUCCUUUAGAAUUUCUUUUUGUGGUGGAAAGUACAGAAGAUCCUGCUUACCGUGCGGUAACUCGGUUACUAUCAGAUUUUAAGGACAAUAUUGAUGCAAAGGUUUUAGUAGCUGGUUUUUCAACGACUUGUAGUCAAAAAAUUCACAAUCAGUUGGUUGGGGUGGAGAGAAUGCACAAGGACUGCAAGUAUGUAUUAUUCCUAGAUGAUGAUGUGAGGCUGCACCCUGGUACAAUUGGAGCCCUCACUGCUGAGAUGGAAAAAAAUCCCAAGAUUUUUAUUCAAACUGGAUACCCUCUUGAUUUACCGUCUGGAAGUCUAGGAAGUUACUGUAUUUAUGAAUAUCAUAUGCCUUGUUCGAUGGGGUUUGCUACUGGUGGAAGAACUUUCUUCUUGUGGGGAGGGUGCAUGAUGAUGCAUGCAGAUGAUUUUAGAAAUGACCAUCAUGGGGUGGUUACAGGACUUCGAGAUGGGGGAUACUCUGAUGACAUGACUCUUGCAGCUAUAGCUGGGGCUCAUAACAGGCUUAUCACAUCGCCACCAGUAGCUGUUUUUCCUCACCCCCUUGCAAGCGAUCUUAAUUUUUCAAGGUAUUGGAAUUACUUGAGGAAGCAGACAUUUGUUCUGGAAUCAUAUGCUACAAGGAUUAAUUGGGUGAUGAAUCGUGCAUUAUUUUCUGUCCACUGCUAUCUAUCAUGGGGAUUUGUAGCACCAUACAUUAUGGCUGUGAUUCAUGUUGCAGCAGCGUUAAGAAUUCAUUCCAAAGGGUAUUCACUUGAGGAAACAGCAUUUCCUUUUGGUGGGUUACUCCUAGUAGGCUGCCUAGCUAUAUGCACUGUUGUAGAACUUCUUUCGAUGUGGAACUUGACAAGAGUAGAAGUUAAACUGUGCAACAUGUUAUCUCCUGAGGCACCUCCACUAUCACUUGGUUCUUACAACUGGUGCCUUGUAUUUAUUGCAAUGCUGGUGGAUAAUUUUUUAUACCCAGUCUCUGCUAUACGUUCACAUUUUUCGCAGUCUAUCGACUGGUCCAGCAUCCGUUACCACUUGAAGAAUGGGAAGAUAUGCAUGAUCGAAAGAAGCAAGGACAUGGGUCCAAAAUUUACAGACUUGGGAGGAAAGCAUUUAUACGGGAAGAAAGGAGCUCCACCAAGAGCUUCGUUUCUCGGCUCUUUGUCAAGAAGUCUCGCUCAGUGGCGUCAGCCCAAGAAAUUUGAUGUCUAGGAAUGAGCUUUAACAAACAAAAAAUUGUGAUCAUCUGCUCUUCCUUUCGAGGUUUGAUUCUAACAAGGACUUGAGAAGAAGUUCUUGGGGAGUUAACAUUCAACAUUCAACCUCCAAUAUAAUUGGCCGAUUGAUGAUUUUGAUUUAUUUAGGUGUUAGGAUUUUUUCUUCAUUCUUCGAUUCAUUCCAUCAAUUGAUUCUUCACCUUCAAUCUCCCUCCUGGGCUGAUUUUGUAAUUUGAUUCAUUCCAUCAAUUGAUUAUUCAGCUUCAGCCUCCCUUCUGAGCCGAUUUUGUAAUUUGUAUUUAUCUGUAAUUUAUUAAUUAGGUCUCCAUUCAAUGCUGCUAAGAAAGUGAGCAAUACACUGUCGUUUCAAGCCAUCAGCACUAUCUUGUGGAAUUAGUUCCCAUCAAAACACUGGAAGGAUUAUGUUGUUCAAUUUUGAAAAAUUAAAAUUUUAUUUCUUGUGGAA